ACUUUGUGUAUCAUAUUUCAAUAAUAAUUUGUCCCACCACAGAAGAAGUACAGCUGCAGUAGUAAGCUGAUUUAAACAUCAGUCCUGCGGCUCUUCACUCCCUGUGCAGCUCCGACCCUCGUCCGUCUAACCUUGAGCUGCUAUCAGGCUGUCCAAAUGUUCAACAUUCUCAGAGGUGGAAACUCUGCCGGUUUAUUGUCCUCGUUUGUUUCCCGACAGUCGGAGCAGUGACCUCCCUCUCCUCCCCGCCGGCCUCGACCAGAAGGGAACUUCAAAUGUUAGAAUAAUCAGAAUGAGUCCAGCUGACUUGUGAAAUGACCGUUCCUUGUUGUUGAUGUUUGUUUCUCUCUCAAUGUUUUACAGUCCGGUGACUUCAGUGAUAUCACAAACUGGCCCACGCCUGGUGAGCUGGCCAAAGAGCAGCAGCAAAAUGUCCUCAACAACAACGGGAAGAAGCCGGCCUCGUCCUCGCGCAGAGAGAAGGAGAAGGAGGGGGAUCAGAUGGAGGGGAAGUCGGAGAGCAGCCACGACGGAGGAGAGAGCAAAGAGAACCAGGAGGCUCAGCCCGACCCGCUGGGGGAGCUACCCAAAGACGGGGAGUCCAAGGCGGGACAGGACGCCAAGAACGCCGCCCUGAAGAAGAGGGGAGGCGAGGGUAACAAACGUAAGUGGGUUUCUCUGCCGAUGGAGGAUGCGUCACGGGACGACGGCGGCAAGACGUCCGGCAGGGGUCCGGACACGGAGCCCACCAGCGACGCGCACGACCCGGCGUCGCCCAAUCACACACUCCAUAAUAACAGGGCGCAUGAUAGCAGCAGGAGUUGGAGAAGAGAGCCGCGGGACUUUGCGGACGAUACUGCCAGCGUCCGGAGCGACGGCGGGAGCGUUCGCGGAGGAAUACGAGGCCGAGGGAAAGGUCGCGGUCGCGGGAGAGGACGUGGACGAGGCCGCUACGAACACUCUCAGAGCUUCCGGGACUCUCCGUCGUCUGACGGCUCCGUUCAGGCCAACAACAUGGUUUACUACUACGACGACGGCGGCAGCAAAGGCCAGAUGUACUCGGUGGACGAAAAGCUUCUUAAAGAUUACAUCAAACGUCAGAUGUGAGUAUUCGACAACUACUGUGAUUGGCAGCUUUGGGGCCUGGAAGGUUUCUCCACUAGAAUAAGAGUUUACCUCACAGAACGUCCAGAUCGACUCAACGAGACAUUCAUAUCGUUCAUCUUCUACUAAGAUGCUUUAAUGGCUGCAGGUUGAGAACAAGAGUGAAUGAAGAAUCAGUGACGCAGUUUAUUGUCAUUUCCAUCUCUUGUGUUUACAAUUCAACAAGGUAAAUCUUUGCUUGUGCAGUCAUCGUAUCGAUGAUAAUACUUUUGAGUGUGUUUUUGUACACACUGUGUGUGCAUGUAUGCAUUAAAGGGACCAUCACAGGAAUCCACCUCUAAGAAAAUAGGGCUAUAGCCUUAACACUGAAACUAUUUCUUCCAUUUGAAUGUAACUUCAAAUAUUUAGAUUUAGUCGAGCAUCAACCAGCUAGUAAUAAUAUAUUUAAUGGUAAUAGAAACCCUCAGAUGUGAUGGAAAGCUUCUUCAGACACAUUUCAACGUGCUCAGACGAGAUGAAAGUGGAAACCACCUUUUUAAAAGGUUUUGUUUUAUUUUAUUUGUAAAAUAAUAAUAGAUAACAGAGACGACAGACUUACAACAAACCAGCAGAUUGCAUCAACCAGAGAGUGACCGUUCAGUGACAGUUCAAGUGCAUUCAGUGCUCAAGCAAUCCUUAAUCUUCUAAAGAUCUUACGUUCUUAUAAAAUAAUCUAGUUCAUAAAACGUCACCAUAUUUAAUGUUUUCAUUAUCGCAGAAUUAGUUUAUAUUAUUAAAAACUGAGUUGUUGUUUGUAAAACUCUCAAUAUGAUGUUUAAAAGGCAGAUAUUCAUAAGUUGAGACUCAAAACAGGUGAAGGUUGUUCUGAGUGUCCGCAUGACCGACGAGCAGUGAAGGCAGCACGUGUGCUCGGUGGAGCUCCUCCGGGUGCGUUGUGUCCUGCAGGGGGCAGCGUUCACUCUGUCUCUGACUGACAGCUCUGGCCUCAUUUCAGAGAAGUGGACUCCUAAAUAUAGCCCGAGUGCUUCGGAGGGGACAGGAUGAAUUAUAUGCUGCGCUGAGCGCGGAAAUGUAGAAAAAAGAGAAGAAAAUACAGUGUUUCAGGGAGGAGGGUGAAGGGAACAAGUGAGGGAGGGAGGGAGGGAGGGACAGACAGACAUUCUUGUCUUCUCCUCUCUCGUCUCCCUCAGCGUUAUUCAGACUGCUCACUCAGCCGGCGUUACUCCACAUGAACCAACGACAGCCCACCGCCUGCAGGCUGGUGUGUGUGUGUGUGUGUGUGUGUGUG